GGAGCUCUCUGCCAAGAAUAGCAAGUCGGAGAAGACUCUGUUAAACGGAGGAACUCCAGUUCCGGAGGAUCAUGGCGAAGGUUCACCCCAACAUGGAAGCAUAUAAUUGCAUCGGCGCCGACGUCGAGGUCUACAGCGACGACCGGAAGGAUGGGAGGGUGUUGACGGUGUGGAGGAAGUCUCUGCUCUUCAGUUGCAGCGGCUUCACGGUUUUUGAUAACGAGGGCAAUUUGGUCUUUCGAGUCGAUAACUACGGAUCCGGCCGCGCCGGCGAGAUCGUGCUCAUGGACGCCGCCGGGAAGCCCCUGCUCACCGUCCGGCGAAAGAAGCUGAGUCUCGGUGAGAAGUGGAAGAUAUACGACGGCGAGGGAGCCGACGACCCCGUUUACUCCGUCAAGAAGCGCUACGCCAAGGCGGCACUCGCUCACGUAGCGGCUUGCCGGCGGCACGGCAGCGGCGGAGGCGGCCGCUACGAGGUGGAGGGGUCGUACUCCAAUCGGAGCUGCACGAUGUACGACGAGCAUCGGCGGGCGGUAGCGGAGGUACGGCGGAAGGAGGCCGUCGGCGGGGUGGGAUUCGGAGACGACGUGUACCGGCUGGUGGUGCGAGCGGCGGCUGACGCAUGCUUCGCGAUGGCCGUGGUCGUCGUCCUCGACCAGAUGUUCGGAUCCAGAGUGUCUCUGAUCAAAGGCUGAGAUCACCUCGAUUAUUUGCUUGAUUUUUUUUUCUCAUAAAAAAAAGUUGGCAUAUUUAUUUUUCUUCCUGUUCAUGGUUUUUCCUCCGAAUCCAGCCGUGAGGACUGAGGAAGGAAGCUAAGCCAUCAUAAAAAAAAUUCGCUUUUAAUGACAAACAAAAAAAGAAACGUUGGCUUAAGUUAAAGAUUAAUUUGGAUUA